GACCGGAAGUACGCUCGAAGAUCACUUCCGGCGCGCUGUGGCUGCCUGGGCGGUGGACCCCGACGGGCGCGGGGCUGGGACCAGUGGAGCCGGUAAGUGCUCUGCUGGCGUCUCGGUCAGGGCGGAAGGCGUGGCUGCAGCAGCGCACCCGGGCCGCCGCGAUGCCGUUCCUGCACGGCUUCCGGAGGAUCAUCUUCGAGUACCAGCCGCUGGUGGAUGCCAUCCUGGGCGCCUUGGGAAUCCAGGACCCCGAGCGGCAAGAGCCCCUGGACGGGCCCAGCUAUGUGGCUAGCGAGGAGAGCCGGCUCCGAAUCCUCGGAGAGCUGCUGGAGAAGAAGGCCCACUCCCCAUUCUACCAGGAGGGCGUCAGCAGCGCGCUGCUCAAGAUGGCUGAGCUGGGGCUCACACGGGCGGCUGCCGUCCUCCUGCGCAGUGGGGCCAACCUCAACUUUGAAGACCCCGUCACCUACUACACAGCCCUGCACAUCGCUGUCCUGCGAAACCAGCCUGACAUGGUGGAGCUGCUGGUGCACCAUGGGGCUGACAUCAACCGGAGGGACCGGAUCCACGAGAGCAGCCCUCUGGACCUGGCCAGUGAAGAGCCUGAGCGCCUGCCAUGCCUGCAGCGCCUGUUGGAGCUGGGAGCUGACGUCAACGCGGCCGACAAGCAUGGGAAGACAGCUCUGCUGCACGCGCUGGCCAGCAGCGACGGAGUGCAGGUCCACAAUACGGACAACAUCCGGCUCCUGCUGGAGGGAGGAGCAGAUGUCAAGGCCACCACCAAAGAUGGGGACACCGUGUUCACCUGCAUCAUUUUCCUGCUCGGGGAGACCGUGGGCGGGGACAAGGAGGAGGCCCAGAUGAUCAACCGAUUCUGCUUCCAAGUCACACAGCUGCUGCUGGCGCACGGGGCCGACCCCAGCGAGUGCCCGGCCCAUGAGUCCCUCACGCACAUCUGCCUCAAGAGCUUCAAGCUGCACUUCCAGCUCCUGCGCUUCCUGCUGGAGUCAGGGGCCGCCUACAACUGCUCUCUGCAUGGUGCGUCCUGCUGGUCCGGCUUCCACAUCGUCUUCGAGCGCCUCUGCUCACACCCAGGCUGCGCCGAGGAUGAGAGCCACGCAGACCUGCUGCGCAAGGCUGAGACCGUGCUGGACCUCAUGGUGACCAACUCCCGGCGGCUCCAGCUGCCCGCGAACUUUGACAUCCACCCGGUGGGCAACCUGGCUGACAAGAUCCAGGCCUUGCACCGAUCCCUGCGGCAGCUGGAACUCCGCCCCCCAUCCCUCAAGCACCUGUGCCGGGUACACAUCCGGCUGCACUUACAACCGUGGCCCGUGGACGUGAAGGUCAAGGCGCUGCCGCUGCCCGACAGGCUCAAGUGGUUUCUCCUCAGCGAGCACAGCGCUGCAGCCGAGGACGACAGCUGACAGGAGCCAGCCAGGCACCAGUGUCCACCAGUGCUGCCUGGGGAGGGGCCUCUGUCUCCUGGGGAGCCAGCCCCCCCUCCCUCGUGGCAUGGGGGCAUCUAGGCAUUUACAGAAGCAGGCGGCAUGGAGUCGAGUACCCUGAGCUGUGGCUGGAGUCCCAGGUCCCCAGUGGGACACAGUGAGCCUGCAAGGAAGCCAGGUCCUGCGCCUCUGCUCCAGACUGUCACUUGUGGAAAUGCUUUUGGUGUGCAGGGAGAAGGUACCCAGGGCCACCCCAGGCUGGUCAUCUCAGAUGUAUCUGGGACCCCUCCCCCGCCCUCCAAGUCUGGGGACGAUGCCUUCUGCUGGGCAGUGGCAGGACAGUCUUUUCCCAGGCUCCCCACAGCUGACCACUAGGCCUGUUAACUGCCCAGCACCAAACCCUCAAGCCACUUCCGGGCCACGAGGUCUGUUGGUUGGUCGGUCAGUCCUGGGGAAUUGUGGAGAAGCCUCUGGAAGAGCCCAGGCUGCUAAGCGAUAUAUUUAUAUCACAGAUUAAACGAUUAUCUUGGA